GGGUGGUGGCAUGUUUUAGUAGAGUUACAUGGAAGUCGUGGGAAAGGACCCUAAAUUUACCGUUCAAGCUGACCAAAUCCAACUCACGAGUAGUUCGCGCUUCAAGCUCUACUUGUGAGCACGUUUUAUUUUCCCUCGUUCUGCAGCAUAUCGUGCGCUAGACAAAGUUUUUGAAUGUUACGCUUCAGUUGUGUUCGAAUGCAGAUUUGAACUGGAAAAGUUAAAGUGCAGACAGAGGAAUAAAAAGGUAGUUUUUGCCGUCGAUCUUGGACUCCGAGUGAAAGUUGUUCUUGCAGUGCAGAGUGGAACAAUUUCGGUCAAACCGAGAAGAGUGUUGUGCGAGUGAAAAGGUGCUAUUAUAAUCAAUCAAAUAUGGGUUCCAAAUCUCAUAUAUCUUUGGGUUCAGCUAAUAUUCUAUUGGUGUAUGUGACGAUAAUCGGCUUCAUGGCCUUGGUCAUACAAUUGUGUCACACACAGGACAUAAACAACGCUACUGAAGAUUUGAUAAAUGGAAGAGUCGUCAAUCAACCAACAGACUCCGAGCAGCAGAGGAAUGGACAGCGUUCCAGUAUUUUAGACAACAUUUUCAAUAUUCCCAUCCAGACCUUAAAGGCGGUGAACGAUUUGGUGCAGAGUAUCGCCGGUAAUCUACAAGCUGCCGGUUCCGGUACUUAUUUCCGGUCGAGGCACGAUCGCACCAGAAACAUCAACGUCAACAUCGAUGACAACGAGGAAGCGAAGAAGGAUUAGAUCUAGCUUAAUUUCGCUCAAUGGAUUGGCAAAUGACAGGAAAGAUGGCGGCAGAUAACGUUGCUGCUGGUCGAUUCACGCCAACGCCACAACACAUAGCUGCUUCAUUCCAAGUAUUUACCAGCUGUGAUUUUAAGUAAUUAACACUUAUAACGAUGAAUGAACUUUCACUCAACUCAGAAUACAAACGGUGGUACUUCAGGAAGGGAAACAAUUGCCUCGAUGCUCUAGUGUAGUGUAGAUGUAGAAGUAAAAUCUCUUCUCUAUUUUAUUGGAUGGAAUUUAGAUUUAAUUGAAUUGAAUUUGGUUGGAUUGCGGAAAUUGUUUCCAACGGCCCCGGGUAGGUUUCACUUCAAUUCAAUUGUAUGGCCAAAAUAAAUUAAAUUGAUUGUUACCUCCAUAUAUGAAUAAGACUAUUAAAACAUUCAAUUAAUAGUAAGCCCACUAUUGACGAGCAAACUGUUUUGGUACUCAAACUACAUAUCAUAAAUAGGCUAUUUGGUAUCAAAAUGUAUCCUCAAAUACAUGAUUAAUUAAAUAUUAAGAGAUUUGUUGUAAUGUCUGCGUUUGAUCUGAGAAGCAAACCGAAAUAAAGCUUGUAAGUUGUGAUUGUUAUUUUCUGAGCUCAAUCAUGAAAGGUUUGAACUAUAAUACAUAGUGAAUCAAUUGAGUUUCGGUACUGAUAGUAAAAAAAAUAACUUCGGUUGUAGCCAUCCGAAUGGCCCUAGUGUCGUCAACACCACUUUUUGAUUGUACAUUCAUUUUUGCGAUAACACAAAAAUUACAUGGUGUCGAAUCAUGUGAAUACGAAGGAUUUUCAGGACACAGACGCUUCUUGGAGCCAAAAAUUAGCUUUUCUUUUGGUGCAUCAUCGAGCCAGUAAUUUAUUUUUAGUCAAAAAGGGCUCAUAAGAAACCUCGCAUAAUGUGAUCUUAGAUACUUGAAACCAAUUCAUCGUCAUUACGAUUGAGAGUUUCUAUCAGUGGCAGCUUCAAGCCAACAUUUGCGAGAUUUAUUUAAAAAAAAUGCGACUGAAACAAAUGAAAUGAUCUAUAUAAAUAAAAAUGGAAGGUCAAAUGUGAUGCUAAGCGCAAAACCCGAAGAAGGAAUGGUCCGACUCGAGCUGUCUUUAUUUGUUGGAUUCGCCUCUGCCCAUGAGAAAAGGAAAAGAAAGAAAAAUUUGGAAAGAUUCGAGAAGAAGUAGAAGACCAUACUUCGGCUUUGAGAGAAAGUUCGAUAAAAAAAAAUUCAAAGGGGUGUAUCCGAGACAUAUCUGUUUAGUUGGACUACCGCUUUGUUGGUUUAUCAUUUUAUUUCAUUUUAUUUUAUUUAUCAUAUCAUUUGCGAAUACGUCGAAAUUUCAUAAAUAACUCUUUAGUAAAAUGUUCCGGAGACCCUGAAAAGGUUUAAUGGCUUGCGUGGUUUUGUAGAAUUAUUUCGAGAAGCAACGAUUCUUUCUUGCCUUUGCGAGAACAAUACACUAAUUGGUCAUGUGUGGCAAUUUGUUUCUUUAUAUCAAUGCACGCAUUGCACUGAGUAUUUAAUUCAACAAGCAUCAAACACGCGUUUAACGCGUAAAAAUGAAACAUCGCGAGAAUGACCGUUUAUGAAAAAUCGUUUCUCGACUCUCGGUCAAAACCGUCAACAAAGCUAGGAGCUUGUUGAAUCAAAACAGAGCCGAUGCGCACAAGAGCAAAUACGAAUGGAAAUUAAAAGUAUCGAUACCAGAUGCACUUCAUGUUAAAUAUUCGCUAGCGUUCACAGCUCGAGGGGAUACAUAAAACACAAAACGAGCAGAAUAGGCCACUUUUGUUGUUUCGGGAACAGAAAGAUUCUGAGAAUUUUCCUCAGAGGAGAUGCAAUACUUACACGCUAGCGACAGACUACUUACUAUGCAAGGGUGGAGUUUACUUCGCAAAUAUUCUUUUCGCUAUCCCCCAGACCCUUCUACUUUUUUUGUAUUUUUGUUCCGAAAUUCGAAAUUUCAGGGCUGUUGCAGGUACUAUAACUGAGAUAUUAGGCCAUAUGAAUAGAACCAAAAUUCACCUUCACUUUACUUCAUUCGAGCAGUCGGGCAGUGAGAUUAAGUUUUUACUACGUUUGGUAUGAAUAAAAGAAACAACUAAGUAUUUACUUUUCGAAAAUGGAUGUUUAGCUGAUUUCAUAUGAAUAAAACAACAUUCAUCAAGUAUUUACUUCGUAAUUAUCAAGUAUGCUCAUGAGCAUACUUUGGUUCUGAACACGUUUUUAAAAUUUAAAUAAUGAAUGAAAAAUAACCUUUCCGUACCAAAUUAGCUGUUUAAAUGAAAAAAGUGUUUUUCAGGUGGUGAAAAAAUUUUGUACGAAAAUUGUUUUUGAAGACAAUUGUAUAUUAUAAUGAAUUACUGGACACAAAUCCUUGAAGGAAGUGUGUUCUCCUCUUUAAUUAUGUGGGCUCUUCUUGCUAUACUUUUGAAAAAUGAAACUGAUUGGGAAUGUUGCCUUCAUUUACUAUCUGCAUCCUUUUAUUCGAAUUCGCUUCGCUACUCGAUAGAACAGGUAGAACAUCUGAACAUGAAAGCCCUUCUAAAUUAUUGGAGACUAAUUCUUGCCAAUAAAGGAGCAAUAGUCAAAAACUGUUGAAUAUUUAUUUAAUUUUUACAUUCAACACCAAACCUUGCAUUAUGAGCCUUUAAUGAUUUGUCUACUUUCCAGUUCCCGUCUACAGUCUUGGGCUAUUAUUUUGCAUCGGCAAGUUUUCCAAAACACGAACUUGGAAAAACUUUUUCCGUCCUUUGAAUGCGGAAAGCAGUUUCUUUCUGGUGGGAGCGUAGAAGUCAAGUUUACCGAUUGGCAUGAAUCGAUUGUGCGAAACUUUCAUUUUCAUUUGUUUAACUAAUGGAAAAUGCGGUGUCAGUAAUUAGUGGGACGGAACGGUCGUUCUUGAAACUGAAGGUUUCACUAUUCACGUGUCGCUCGGGCCAAAGUGUACGCGGGGGUUUCUAUAAUUGUAUUUUAAGAAUCGUUUCCGUUCCUUGUCGCUCAUUGAAGC